CUCUCAAGUUGUGUGCAACAUUUAAUACCGUCCCAUUCACAUUCUGAAAAAAUGGCAGGUCCAGAUCUGUUAAAGACUCUUCUGUACACCAUUAAUAAUUUGCUACAACAAAACCAAUAUAAAGCUGCCCUCGCUGUUGUCAAAGGAUUCAGAAAUGGUGCUGUUUACGGUGCCAAAAUCAGGGCCCCACAUGCUCUUGUAAUGACGUUUCUAUUCAGAAGUGGAAGUUUGAAGGACAAGCUCAGGGCCAUUGCAAAAGCCACCUACACCCACUCCCGCAACCUGGCCUACUUCGUAUUCACUUAUAAGGGACUGCAGACAUUACAGGAGAAGAUCCAGGGCAAAAGUCUCCAGUCACAGUCCUUUUUGGCUGCCUGCCUUGGAGGUUGGUUGGUGUUUGGUGAAAAUAACAACAUUAAUAGCCAGAUCAACAUGUAUCUGUUGUCAAGGAUCCUUUUUGCCCUGUCCCGCUUGGCUGUUGAGAAAGGCUACAUACCCCAGCCCAAACGUGAUCCCUUCCCCCUCUUCGCCACCCUGGUGUGGGGCAUCGUGCUUUGGUUGUUUGAGUACUACCCACACACCCUCCAGCCAUCCCUGCAGUCCUCCAUGAACUACCUCUACCAUGACAGCAACGUGUGGCAUGACAUCACAGACUUUCUGGUAUACAACAAGCCAAGGACUGCCCCUUAAAACAGAGAAUGUGUGCUUUUAUGAGUUACUUUGAGCUCAUAGAUCUACUGUAUGACAGGCAUUGAUUGUCCUUGAACAAAUGAUGAGUUGGAACUUGGUUCUCUGGUCUAUUUGACACAAAGGUGUCAUUUUAUUGUUUCAGUGGUUAGAUUGGUAUAGCUGCAAUUUGUUUAAUUAAUUUGAAACAACAUUGAAAGAUUUCAUGAAACACAACAUUUUAAAUGAUAUUUUGCCUACAUUUAAGUAUCGUAUCUGACAAAGUAAUAGAACUGAUACAAAGCUAUGAGUGAGAAUGCGUUCAUUUAAUAUAUUCUGAUUUUUGUGUUGAUUUCUGUUCUAAUCCAGGCAUAGGCUACUUGUUUUUAUAUGGCCUUGUAUUCACACAAGUGAACACUUUUAACACUGAAUUGUUUAAGGGUACAAAUAGCCUACAUUUCCUUUUUCCAUACUGCCAUACAAAUGGUGUGCCAAAGGUGAUCUUGAUUUCUGUGUGUUUCCUAUGUUUCCUUCAUAGCUACAUAUAUUUCCAGCAUAUCAAAGCUGUUGAUGCCCAACAAUUUAUGAUAAGUUGUCUAAUACUGUAUAUUUGUAAAAUACAAUUUCCAGAUUUUCUUUUAUGACUAGCUUUUAUGUAAGCAUUAACAUAAAAUAAAGGUAGAUUCUUAUGAA